GUCUAUGGUUUAAUCGAUGUAUCACGUGAACAAUACGAAGAUUCUCUCAUGUGAUCCUCCCAGUUUCUGACAGUUCUAAGCGAUUCGUACGUGAUAGAUUCCUCGAAUUUCGAGUUUGUUUGCGAAAAGAGAACAAUAAUUCCAUAAAAGUAAAAAAUAAAAUGGGUGCAUCUGCAAUUCCUGUACUAAUUUUUACGAUACUCUGGGGCGCCGUAUUAUUUCUAGGUGUAGCUUUACCACUUUUCGUUCCCAAGGGACCAAAUCGUGGGGUACUUCAGGUUCUGUUAAUAUUGACAGGUUUUACAUGUUGGUUGUUUUGGCUAUGUUGCUACAUGGCACAAAUGAAUCCAUUGAUUGGGCCAAAAUUAGAUAAUUUAACAAUAUUAGUUAUGGCUCGGGAAUGGGGUAAUCCUCUUCUUAAGUAAUGAACAUUUCACAGUAGAAACUUGCUUUUUAAAUAUAUAUAUCCAAUUCUUUGACAUAUGUUGCUUUUAAGAAGGAUGUAUAGUUGCAAACAAAAACAAUAUGCUAAUACAUUAAGAUUUGUCCAAAUGGAAUCUUUAUUGAUGAUAAUGAUAUUCGAUUAUAAUUUGGUUAUUGAGAAUUUAAUUUUUGUAUAAAGUAUAUCCAUCAUUGUUAUUUAGAAAUGUGUAAGAAUUUUAAUGAUUGUAGUUAUCUGGAUUUCCAACUAUAUAUAUGUAUACUAUAAUAAUG